UAGAUAACCGCGUAUCUCCGAAUCCGCGUAAGUCGAGAACCGUGUAACUCGGGAACAGACUGUAUAUAUCAUUACAAUUCUAAAAAGUAUUAGUAAAGUGUGUUAAACGUGAGUUGCGAAAGCCAAUGGGUCAGUCUAGAAGGAGAAAAAAAAAUGCGUAAAACAUGGAUUAAAAGAGAUAAUAUUUACCAUAAACCAUUGUACAAGCAAAAGUUCAAGUUUACGUUGUUCCUCGUUGUUCUGAUGGGAAUAUCAUUUUUUAUAUAUCAGUUGGUGUAUAUUAGUCAGUUGCUAACACUGGAAUCAAAUCAUGUGGUACAUGAAACACAUUUGCUUAAACUGAAUCCCAUUACAUCGAUUAGUUUGGAUGGACAUGAGGUAGAUAACCUCCAAGGCCGAUUUGGGAAACAUACCCAAGAGCAGAAUUACAAAUCACGGAAUAAGACAAACUCAAUUCUUAACAUUUCGGAAGAAAUUUCAUUCGUUUAUCCGAAGAAAAUAGGCAAUGCUGAACGACACAUUUUUCGUGGCAUUCGAGUGGUUGACCUACACCGUUAUAGCGUAAAUAAAGGCGUAAAGAAUUUCCGAUGCUUUACCUCUUUGAGAGAAAUUCCUUGGGAGUGGGUUAACGAUGACUAUUGCGAUUGUCCGGAUGAUGGAAGCGAUGAACCUAGUACAAGCGCAUGCCCCCGAGGACGGUUUUACUGUAAAUUUCAAAUGCGACAUAAAACGGGCCGCGGAAAAGAUGUGUUCAUAUCGAGUGGUAGAGUAAAUGAUGGUAUUUGUGAUUGCUGUGAUGGUUCUGACGAAUGGUUGACUCGAAGAAGCACGGGCCCAUCUCAUCUCUGUGGGGAUGAAUGUAAAACAGAAUAUUGAUUUAUCUCUCUGUUAGUAAGAAAAGUGGUUGACCAAAUAAUUGGCACAUGAAGCCACCAUCUUAAAAAUAUUCAAUAAGUUGUAUGGAAGCGAGGUUUGAAACUCAACAUCGCUAAACGAAACAUGUUCACGACCGAUUUUGAUAAGUAUAACUAUUUUACGCUCAAACAAAACUCGCCGAACGUUUCAACAUAAUCGACGAAUACUCUAUCAAUACGGUGCGAGCUACAACAUUUUUAUCUGUUUCCCUGGGAGCCAAGCACUUUUUGUUUACAUUUUUUUGGCUAUGAUAUGCAUGAUAGCAAUGGCCCCACCUCACACGAACCCACGGCCCUAACUCACAUCUAAUUCAAUAUCUAAUUGAAUAAAAAUAGAUUUAAAAGUGAAAAAAAUAAUGAUUUGAAUAAGA